GCGCAGGGUCUGGUGGUUACCCACCAGCCUCCUAGAGACUGCAAGACUCAGAGCCUGUGUUGCGCUCGCUCUGCCCCACUGACUCCCAAGCCUCUGUGAAGUUGCCGCCGUGACGGAGACGCCCCGCUGUUGCUGCUGCUGCUGCUGGAGGAAGGUGGCGCCCGCUGCCAGAGCACAGCGCGCGUGCGAGAGGAGGAGAAAAGUACUCGGCAGCCGUGGCGGACGUCAGAAGCAGGAAGGAAAGGUGGAGAGUGGACACGCACGAUCGAGGGAGCUGCGGAGGCUGCACUUAACGAGCAUCGCUGCUGUUCACAGCAUCACUACAACCGUCACCGCAUCACCUGCAUGCCUCGCUCUCGAAAUGGACACAACACGAGGCGAUGGACUGAUGAUGUGUUGUGAUUCCUGUGUUUACAACAGGAGGCAAGGGAGGAGUGUAACGCCUUGAUGCUGGGUCUCUCUCUCUCUCCAAGGUUCUCAGGCCCACCUGCCUACCUGUUCCACGUUGUGUCGGAUAUCUCUUACUUUUGUCUUCAAAUACUUUUUCUCCGAAACCGAAAGUGGACUUUGAAAGUUCGUGAGUAGUUGUGGAAAUUGGAGUAAGGGUGGCUAACCUCAUGGCCCAGCAGUGUGGCCGGGGAGCGUGCUCACUCACGGGGAUGCUAUCGAUAUGAGAUCAAUCAUGUCGGCAGGAGUGCAACAAUGAAGCUGCCAGGUGACUGGGGAGUGUGAGCUGAGACCUUACCCAGGGUGUGAGGAGUUUCACUGGGAGUGUUUGUUGACCUCGUGUCGUCACCAUGAAGUGGACGCUGGGGACGUUGCUGUGCGUGCUGGCGACACUACCUCACCCAUCAGCCGCCACCCAGGAGAACAUCAUCGCCAGCGGGUGCACAGGUGAGGAGCUGAGUCUGCAGUGCCCCGCGGGUCACCGGGUCGCCCUCAAGCGCCUCUUCUUCGGCGUCAAGCGCAGCUGGGACUGUCAGGCACCCAAGCGAGCGGCGGACUGCUGCAGCGCCACCCACACGGACUGCAUGGUGAACGAUGACAGCAAGUACCCGCCUCUCAACACGCACUGUUCCGGGUACCAGCAGUGCAAGUUCGUGGUGCAGAAAGUACCCGCCAUGGAGAGAUGCCCAGGCUCACCACAUACAGAUUACAUGACAGUCAUCUAUGACUGUGUCUCCUGUUCGCAAAACGUCAUAAUCAAGAAAGAUAACUGCGAAAUCGCCAUCGCCACCUUCUGUUCUGAUGACGUCAAGCGAGGCGACCUGCUCUUCCUCUCCAACGUGGAGUACCCCUCCAGCCUGCAAGAACAGAAAACGGACUGCUCGUGCAUGGUGCGAACCUCGGGGUCAGAGGGCAUCAACAUCCACUCCAUCGACGUGCUGCUGGGGUGGGCGGAGCAUGGCGCGCGCUUGUGCAGCAAGAGUCUUGUCAUCGCCGACGACAAAGGCUACCGCUGGGACAUCCAGUGCGGCCAUCUCGGCUUCUACGGGUUUCGAACCAUCUACAGUCGGCCCGUCAACAACGUUACGCUCACCCUGAAGAGCUCGGCGGGUAAAGGGGCAGCAUUCAUCUGGCUGCAGACGAAAGGUGACAACAAAGUCAGAUGGUCAGCUGGAGAUCUUCUGCGGGGAGCCCUGAGACAGCUUCUCAUUCGUGCCCGACAGGAAGUGGAGUCCAGGCACAGAAACCGCGCCACCAGUAGAGACAACACAACGCCCUCUGUCGACAGGAACCCCAACGACCACAACGUCACGUUCCCCUUCGCUGCGCAUGUCGGCUCCCUGUCGUCCAACCUCGCGGCCAUCAUUGGUGGGAUCGUCGCUGCUGGCUUUGUUCUCAUCUCCAUCGUCAUCAUUGCCGUUGCUUUCCAUUGCAGACGGGUUCAGCAGGCCAAAGAGAAGCCCAAGCCCAUCGUCCUGUACCCUGCCGUGACGGACGAGUCCACCAACCUCACCUCCUACUGCCGCUACGACUACGACGACGACCACUACAGCUCCAUCAACCGCUCGCCGCUGAAGAUGUCCAGCCUGACCGACUGCGACAUCGCCACGCACCAUGCCCGCACCAACGGCUUCGUCACUUUGGCCACGGCGGAGGCCCACCACCAUCAACACCAAAACCAGCCCAACCACACUCAGUACUACAACCACGUCAACCCCACUGGCGUGGUCACCACAGCCUCCGUCACCCCCUUGGACCACGGCGUCGACAGUAACUACCUUGGGCAGGACGACAGCGGGGACGGACAGGUGAUUCUUCGUGGAGCCGGGACCUUGUCUGGGGCGAGGGACUCUCUCCUGGCAGACCCCGCAUACAACGGUCACCUGUCCCUCCGCUACACGCGGCACAACGGGAACGUGCAUCAGCCGUCGGGGACGGAAGUUCACGAUGGCCACAAGACCUUGCCCGACAACCGCUCGAAAAUCCUCGUGACGGGGCCCAAAAGCCCGCUGGGCAAGCGCAGCAAGAGCGUCACAUUCUCUCAGCCCGUCGCCAUGGUAACUCCGUUGCCUUCCGGGUCGGAGGAGUCGAUGGAGGCGGACAACCAGAUCAUUAAGCCCCCGUCCCCGACCUGCAGCCUGGAAGACGGCAACUACGACAACCUCAACAAGGUCUUCAUCCCCGACCAUCCCAUCUCCCCUACCCAGGCACACACCGUGCCCAUCCUGCGUCCGACCGUCCUGAUCCCCCAGCAGUGCUACAACGGCCCUUAUCCUCCAAGCGACCAGAAGUCCCCGCCGCUGCCCGCUCUCCUCUGUCCACCUUCCGAGCGGAGGACGAGCUGGCUCUGCUUCCCGGCGAGGGCUUUAGGGACUACGAUGACGUCCCCUUUGGUCUGCCCCUCCCCCGCCUCCCAUAGCCAACGACACGUACGCUGUCGUUCACAAGAAACCGAAGCCUCUACCCGGGUACCCGCCUCAAAGACAGAACGCACAGCUGUACGAGACUGGGGUGUGAGGCGCUUACUUUCACUCCACCUACUUUCACGUCUCAAGUCGACCUUCUCGCUGGAAUCAUUACGACUUUUUUCAGUUCAGUCGAUUAAAAACUGAUUUACUCAGUGCAUGAACGAGAAACUCCAAACUGCAAUUAUUAACAUGGUCUUGGGAAGUGAGCAAAGUUCACCAGCAAGAAUCCAUUCUCGUCCUCCUCUGAGCAAUCCCUUCACAGAGAAAAUCAGAGACUUCGUUGAGGGUGCUUUAAAUACUUCUGUGGGGAUCUGACAUUUUCUGAAUGUCUGAUGGAUUGUUACGAAGUCGUGUCCUGUGGAAAGUCUGUCCUCCUUGUCAGUAAAGUCAAAUACCCGGUUAGACAGGUUUACUAAAAACCAGACUGGAAAAAAUACAUGAAAUCCAGUUCAGUGGGAAAUAACCCACGGCAACCAGAUGCUCGCCAUCUUUUCGAAAAAGGGGAUAAGAUCGCAAACGAGUUGAAGUAUUGAUGUAGAGAAAAAAUACGACGAAAAGGGAGAUACUUGGAGAAGGAACACUGACAAAAUCUUAAAGCAGUUUUUUAUGAGGGAAAAAGUCUUUUGAGGCAUAUGAAACCAGAGACAGUGAUGCAAUACAUUGUAUCUGUGUGAUAUGAUGAUUCAGUAGUUUGCUGAAGUAGUUCAACAAGAAUCUUCAUUUUCCAUGGUUUCUGUAACGCAUGUCUAUAAAACUGACGGACGUAACCACGUGGUUCCACGACGAUCCAUGUUUACGGAACUUACUCUCAAUCGCAGUAUUGUUGCCAUGGCAGCUUAAGUUUGAUUUAAAAAUAUCGUUUAGGGAUAUGUAAUGGCUGAAAGAAUGAAAUGAUAGAAGCUUUCAAAACUUAGUGAUUGUAUGUUUCUUGCAUGAACAUUGUAGGGAAAAAGUAAUUAACCUAUAUAACGGUCAUCAUGUCUAAUUGAAACACAUGUCUACACGAUAUGUUGAAGCUCGAAAAGGGCUUUUAAUUUCAUCAGCUGUUAAAAUUAUUUUUGGGGUCUUGCCUAAGAUUCUAACAUCUCCCAUCAACCCUAAGAAAAAAUAUAGAAAUCAAAGUUAAAAUAACGAGGUGAAGUAUUGUCGGCUGAGGAAUGCUAGAGACGCACAGAGACGAGGACCUCAAGGCUACUGAGAAAAUAUUUUGUUUUGCAGUGUGUUGACAAAACAGGAAGUGAUUUCUGCGCAUGCGUUGACCUGUGCCUCGGGAACUCCCUAAUCAGUGCCCGUUUUGUCUUGUAAACAGGACUAGCAAAACCGAAGAGGAUUAUGCCAGACUUUUCGGUGAUUAUUGUAGUGAAGGGAAGCACGGCUUUAACAAAUUUUUCAGUUCGCAAAGAUUCUUCAGUUUGUGUGUGGGACAGACCAGCUAACACACCUGCCUGUUCCUGGAGGCACGGUCAAAACUUCCGAAAAAAGAGAAAGAGUUUGACUUGAUGAUGACUUGUUAUCAAGAAAUAUGCAACUUGGUAAGAGAACUGCUGAAAGGAUGUUUUGCCUUGACAGAGUUGAGUAGGACGCCGACUGAUGAGUUUAGCUGUAGGGUUUUUCUGCAGUCAUCAGACUCCAUGGUGAAUGUGCCUUUCGCAACUGAUUUAUGACUGUGUUUUCAUGUUUGCUCAACUUUUCCGUUUCUUGUUUUCGAUGGGUGAGGGAGGCUGGUUCUGUGUUGCUUUUUCACCACUUGCAGGUGAAAAGCUGAUAAGUGUUGUCGUGUAUGUCAGGAGUUUGGUGCCAAGAACUGUUUAUGGUAAAAGUUCCAGAAAUUAGAUCUCUUGCUAUAUCGCACAUGGUCAUAUAAACGCAAACACACAUGUACACACAAAGACAAAACAUACAUCAUCAAACAUGCAUCACCAAUUAUUAGAAAAUAAUGUUAGUCACCCAGAUCAAAUUAAAAGCUCUCUACAGAACACCAACGACGCUAGUGUGUUUCAAAGUCUUAUUUGUCUUACCAUAUUUUUAAAGAAUGAGUUUUUUUGGAGUUUGUGCUAAGCUGUCGUCUGUAAUAAGAGUAUAUUAUUUAUUUACAUUUAUUUAUCGAAAAAACCCAAUGCUGUCUACUUGUUUUAUUCAAAUUCAAAGGUUUUCACUUGAGGUUUUUUAAACUCUUAAAUAUGAACAUGACACUUAAGCUGUUUUUUAAAAAUUGAAUUUUUAUUUAUUAUUUUUGUUAUUCGAAAUUUUAUAAGCAUCAGUUAGCUGAUUUCACUGAAACUUAAAACUCUAUUAGUGGAAAAUAAGUUACUUCUACGUGACGCAAAAUGCAUGAAAGUUAUACAGGGAACAAUUAUCUAGCAUUCCUACAAUUCCACUUAAAAGGAUUGUCUCAAAUCUUUCUUAAAAUUGUCAAUUAUAUAAUAAGUACCAUAUAAUUACGGUUAUUUAAGCCCUCCACCAGCCUUCAAAAUUAUUAUUUCAAAACAAGAACAAGCCCAUAAUGUUAAAAUGAAAUUAAUAUUUAAUUACAUUGUCCUUUAGUAUGUGUUUUACUAUGUCAGAAUUUCUGUCUUUGUUCGAGUAGAAUGUAAGGGGAAUACUUCGAUACGAAAAGAUGCGAUACUUAGUUCUAACCUGGAAGAUGACAACUUCUUGUUUAUAUGAAUCGUAAUUUUUAAUGUGAGUGUGUUGUUUCGUCACGGUUUUUAAUAUUAUCUCCGGCUUAUCGGAGAGAGAAAAUGCUGGAGAGACUUUUCAAUGGCAAAUUAUCAUAUAGCAAUAUGAAGAUGUGAUGUAUACAAGCGUAUUACUUGUAUCUCUUUGCUGUUUGGAGAGCUGAGAAAUUUAAACUAUUUUCUGCUUCAUGUGAGAGUGAUGAAAUGAGAGUUGUGAUGGAAGAGAACAUCAACAGUAUACUGGCAACAAUGAAAACAACAAUGACUGCGGGCCAUUCUCUUUGACGACGAUACAGUGUUGAUGAUAAACAAGGAGUGUCAGUGAGGAUUACAAACAAAUGUCAUUGACGACAGGGAGACAGUCGUUGAUGACAGGAGUGCGAACGAUGACAGUCAACCAGACGACAGUCAGUGUGGAUUGGGAGAUAACGGAUACCUUGACGAUAUGAUCAACGUCGUGUGUCCACCUUUGACCUUUGGCAAAGUUUUAUAUAACUGUCGUGUAGAAACUUUGCUAAACUUGAUCAAAACUUUCGUCCAUACGUAUCCGGGUUCAGAAAGACCUUUACCCGUGGGGUCAUGACCCGGAGGUAGCGAUUCCAUCUUUGCCUGCUGACCAAAGAGGCAACGGACCCCAUGUAUCUUUAGCUUUCUAGUCAUUUAUUUUGCAAUGUAUCUGUAACAUGUGACCAUACAUAACAAUGGCUACUGCGGCUGGAUUAUUUUAAUAUGAUAUUUCUUAUAUAUGUAAAGUUUCCUCCGGUGACAAACUCCACCUCUCCUGUACCUCAAAGAUUAUUUUCAGCUUGUAUACCAUUAGAAACAACAUCUUCUUCGUCAUGGCGGUUGAACGAAAUGUGGAAUGAAUAGUGUAAUGCGACUUCAGUGUAAGUUUUAGACAAAGUUACAUUUUUUCGAGUGUAACAUUUAGACAAUGUUACAUGUCAGACCAGUAUUACAAUAGCGUUACAGCUGAGUCAGGAUUGGUAAUGAUCUUAGUGAACGUUUCCAUGGAGAUGCAAUACUGCUGGAAUUUUGUGAUCAGUCGGAAGUAGGGGGAUAGAGAGAGAGAAUGGGGGAUGGGUUACAAGUCGUCCCAUGAUAGCAUCCCGAGGUUAUUCCUCUCUGAGACACGUGACAACAUUAAUAGUGAACUGUACUCUUCAAUUAAUCACUGCUGUAAACAUCGUAUACAAACAUGCAAAUUCUUAAAAUAAAUCUUCUAAAAGGAAACAAAAGCAACCUGAUUCAAGUAAGGGUUACAGGGAUUUUUUUACGAGUUAGUGAUUAACCCAACUGUUUGAUGCUAAUUAUAGAAUGGAUAUCGGUGAGGAAUCCCCCCUACCCAUAAAAGGAUAGUUCCUUUUUCGUUUAUUUAUUUAUUUAUUUUUUAUGAAUUUAACAUCUCCAAGAGACAAAUUUUGGAAACUCUCGAAGCAAAGAUCUGGAACGUAUCGCAAGAACACCAGCAGAAAAGAUGAUGAUGAUGAUGUGAUGAUGAUGAUGAUGAUGAUGAUGAUGAUAGACUGUGUUUUAUCCUGCUCAUCAGACAGUAGUGACUUUUUGUGUCUUUUUACUGUAUAGCAUGUUGUCAUUAAAGAACAGAUACUUGUUUAUCUCUAUCUAUGCAAAUUAAAGGCGUUUCCGUAGUAACAGAAGUGUGUAUAUGCUUUGAAAAUCAUCUCAUGUACCACACAUGUGCUUUAAUUGACAGUUUUGUACGGAAAUUGCUGCCAGCUUCUUUCAACUUGAUUUUGGCGAUAUUUUCUUUUUCCUUUUUUUUUUUUAAAAUUUUGAAGGUGAUCAUAAUAAAAUCGUGAGUGGAAGUCA